AUGGCUACUCCGGAGGAGAUGGAGCACGGUGGUGACAAAGCGGCGGCCAUGUAUGUGGCAUGGGAGGAUCUUACGGUGGUGAUUCCAAACUUCGGUGAAGGGCCGACUAGAAGGUUACUGAAUGGAGUUAAUGGUUGUGGUGAGCCAAAUAGGAUCUUAGCCAUUAUGGGUCCUUCUGGUUCUGGGAAAUCUACACUUCUUGAUGCUUUAGCAGGGAGAUUAGCAGGGAAUGUUGUAAUGAGUGGCAAAGUUCUUGUCAAUGGCAAGAAAAAAAGGCUCGACUUUGGUGGUUCUGCUUAUGUGACACAAGAAGAUGUGUUGCUAGGGACUUUGACAGUGAGAGAAUCCAUAGCUUACUCAGCUCAUCUCAGGCUCCCAUCAAAGCUCACCAGAGAAGAGAUCAACGACACUGUGGAAGCUACAAUCACUGAGAUGGGUCUGCAAGAAUGUUCAGACAGGACUAUAGGAAACUGGCAUAUGCGUGGAAUAAGCGGAGGAGAGAAGAAACGGCUCAGUAUUGCGCUAGAGGUCUUAACCAAACCGAGCCUCCUCUUCCUAGACGAGCCCACAAGUGGACUAGAUAGCGCCUCGGCUUUCUUUGUGGUUCAGAUUCUCAGAAACAUCGCUAGCAAUGGCAAAACAGUGGUCUCUUCCAUCCACCAGCCUAGCGGUGAGGUUUUCGCUCUCUUUGAUGACCUGCUACUGCUUUCUGGAGGAGAAACAGUUUACUUUGGAGAUGCAAAAUCUGCAACGAAGUUCUUUGGCGAAGCGGGUUUUCCUUGUCCUAGCAGACGGAAUCCAUCUGAUCACUUCCUUCGCUGUGUCAACUCCGAUUUCGAUGACAUCACAGCAACUUUGGUUGAAUCUCGGAGAAUCAACGAUUCUUCUCUUUCUCAUUACCAACUACAUGAAACCUCAAACAGAUUAGAUCCCCUGAAUGAUAUACCAACAGCAGAGAUUAGAUCAACGCUCGUCAGAAAAUUCAAAUGUUCAGAAUACGCAGCAGCUUCAAGAGCAAGAAUUCAAGAAAUAUUAUCAAUCCAGAAGGGACAUGACACUGAAAGGAGAAAAGGGAGUCAAACAAGCUGGUGGAAACAGCUGAGAAUACUUACGCAGAGAUCUUUCGUCAACAUGAGUAGAGACUUGGGGUACUACUGGAUACGGAUUGGCGUCUACGUAGUGCUUUCAAUCUGCGUCGGGUCAGUCUUCUUCAACAUCGGGAGAAGCCACACAAACGUCAUGACAACUGCAGCUUGUGGAGGAUUCAUGGCAGGUUUCAUGACAUUUAUGUCCAUAGGAGGUUUUCAAUCCUUCAUUGAAGAAAUGAAGGUGUUUUCUCGGGAAAGGCUCAAUGGAUACUAUGGUGUUGCAGUGUACACUCUGUCUAAUUUCCUCUCGUCGUUACCUUUCAUAAUCCUCAUGUGCCUCGCCACUUCCUCAAUCACUACCUACAUGGUGAAGUUCCAACCCUCGGCCUCUCAUUUUUUCUACAACUGUCUCGACCUCAUCACUGCGAUUGCAACCGUGGAGAGCUGCAUGAUGAUGAUAGCUUCGUUGGUCCCUAACUUCUUGAUGGGAGUCAUGAUAGGAGCUGGCUACAUUGGGAUUAUGGUGUUGAGUGCGGGUUUCUUCCGACUGUUCCCUGACUUGCCUAUGGUGUUCUGGAGAUACCCAGUCUCCUACAUAAACUACGGUGCAUGGGCACUACAGGGAGCAUACAAGAAUGAGAUGAUCGGAGUUGAGUAUGAUUCUCCAUUACCUUUUAUACCAAAAAUGAAAGGGGAGCUCAUUCUUGAAACCGUUCUAGGCGUAAAUCCAGCACAGUCCAAGUGGUUGGAUCUAGUUGUGGUGAUGAUGAUUCUCAUCGUGUAUAGGCUUCUCUUCUUCGCCAUCCUCAAGUUUAAAGAAAAGGUUUUCCCAUGGAUUCACAUGUUGUACACGAAGAGAACUCUGAGCCAUAUCCAGAAAAGGCCUUCUUUCAGGAGAAUGGCACCGUUCCCUUCCAAGCGAUACCAUGUUCACCAUGCUCUCUCUUCUCAGGAAGGACUUAACUCUCCAUUGCAUUAG